CGCCUCCGGAUAGGCGAGCUAGGCCAGCGCCGCCGGGCGGGGAAUUCCGGCCAGGCGGCGCGCCGGGGAGGCGAAGGGGCGGCGCCGGGCCCGUGACCCCACCCCAAGGCGCGGGGCAGCUCCGGCUCGUGGGCGCUGCAGAGCUGUAGCUGACGGCAUGGAGUGUCCUCGGUGCCAGCAUGUUUCCUCAGAGAAGGCACCCAGGUUCUGUAGUCAGUGUGGACAGAAACUAUCUCCUGCUCCCCCCAUACAAGGUGGUCUGGCCAGUUGUGCUGAAGCUUUGGAUGUCAUCCAGCAAGAGAUGCAAAGCAGGGACCCACAAGCCACUGCUGGUUCAGUGUCUGGACCAGGGUGCACCCUCAAGAAAGUUUUCGUGGGGGAAGGAGAACUGGCUAACCAUGUAGAUUCCCAGAACAAGGUUGAGGCCUUGGUGCUGGCAUCAACCCCAGAGGGGAAGACUGAGCAGGGGAAGGUGCUGAGUGAGGAGAAGGGCUCCAGCACGGGCCUGGAAACUCCAGAGGAGCCUGAGUUGGAUGCCUCCUGGACCACUCAGAUGAGUAAGAAGAAGAGGAGGAGGAAACAGAGCGCUGCCUCUUCCUCAGAGGCAGCUUCCUUGUCUUCUGGCCUUUGGAGUCUGAACAUGCCUUCAAGCCCCGGAUCCCAGGACCCAGCCUUGCCCCAGAACCAAGCCCAGCAGGGCGGUGCAGGCAGCCAGCCUGGCCAGUCCCUGGACACGGUGAAGAUACCAGUAGAGGAGGUUGGCAGCAGCAGCCCUCUGCAGGGUCAGACUGCCAAAGGCACAGGCAGUGGUACAGGAGGUGGAGCUCAGAAGAACCCUGCUUCCAGUGACCUCCUAGAGGUGAAGGACCCCAAUACCUCUCAGCCCUCAGUGGACAAGGGCCUGCUCCAAGAGGGAGGCUCCGGCCCAGCCCUUUCUGUCUGUGAAGGCCACCUGAAGGGGACUGAUGUUUCCCAGAAGGCCCCGUCACCUGAAUCUAAGGGGGAGAAAUCCGGACCACAGAAAGAGGUGCCUGUGAGUGGGAAGCAGGCCUCAGAGCCAACUAAUACUCCAGGCGAGGCAGUGAAGAAGGCUGGGAAGGAUGCAGCAGACAAUGCUCAGAAGCAGAAACCAUCACCUGUUGGUCCUGCCUCCAAGGACAGAUACCAGGAAGCUGACCUCAAGGGCAAGGUGGCUGCCACCAGUGGAACUGGGAACACCCAGCAGGAAGACAAAAAGUCAGAUGGGAACAGAAAUUAUGCAGCAGCUGUGAAAAACAAAAUGCAGCAGGGAAGCCAGCAGGCCGCUGCACCGGAGGCAGCAGCGAGGACACUUAACCCAGGGGAUGGAGUCACGGUUUACUUCCACGCCAUUGUCUCCCGUGAUUUUGGAUUCAACCCCGACCAGCACAGAGUGUGUGUCAGAGGAGGAGAGGGGCUCGGGAGAAAAGCCUGGACAGAUGCCUGUGACAUGAACUACACCAAAGACCUCCACAACCUUGGGUCUCUCAUUGAGGGCCAAAUGGACAUUCCCAGGCAGAGCCUGGACAAACCCAUCCCUUAUAAAUACGUCAUUUACCGUGGUGGCAGCAGCAAGAACACUGGGGAGUAUGAGUUCAUCUACGAGCAGCAGCAGAAGAGCGGCGACCACAUAAACCGCUGUCUGAUGGUUAGAUCUGCCUUGCUGGGCACUGGAGACUGGCAUCAGUAUGAUGACAUAAUCUGCAUGAAGCCUCCGGGGAAUGUUCUUCAGCAAUUUAAGAACUGGCUCACGGAUGGCAAGAGGAAAGAGCUGGUGAAAGGGAAGAAGCUUGCGGCGGUUGUCAUGCUGGGUCGCAUCUUCAAUGUGCUCCAGCCCUGGAGCGCCAUCAACCUGCAGAGCUUCAUGACCCAGUUCAAGCAGUUUUACUCUGUGGUCAAAGUGCCUAUGAUUUACGAAGGCCAAGCAAAGCGAUGGUCCAGCCUGGGAUAUGACGAGAAAGAGGUGCGGGCGAACCUAUGGGAGCACAUGAAACAGCAGAUGGAACCCUUCCUGGAAGGAAAGAGUGGGGACUCUCUGCCUGCCGACUGUCUUGUGAGGAGCAAACUGAAGUUGGGCCUGAUCAUCCUUUCCAUGGUGGAAGAAGUUGACUUUCCUGUACCUAAGGCGGACCUGACCUCACUGUGCUACCUCCUUACCCCAAGUGCUGACUCUCCAGAAGCCCUCCACAGCGACCUGAGCCCCAUCCUCAGCAAGCUUCAAAUAUGGCGUGCAUACUUGACAAACCUGUGCCACAGGUGCAUCGACCAGGGGCUGGACCGAUGGCUGGGCACCUUGCCUGUCCUGCACCACUGCACGCAGCUGUCUCCACCCAGGAAGGACUCCAAGAGCCAGGCCGAGGAUGCCUGGGCAGGCCUUGAAGGCAUCUCCUUUGUACAGUUUCGGGAAAGGGGGCCCACUACGAAACAGACUCUCCUGUUCGUGCAGCGUCAUCUGGCCCUGCUGCAGGUGGAUGAGUACCUCUUCCGCUCCUGGUUCAGCCUGGUCCCUCUGAAGAGCUUAGCUGCCUACCUGGAAAACUGCACAGAAUACCUGAGCCAUGCCCCUGCCCGAGUCCUGGACUGUUUUCAAGGGCUUUCAUACCGGCUCCGAGGACUGGGGAAGAUCUCACACCAAAACGUAGAGGAUGUCGAGAGGGUCUUUAAAAUGCUGAUGCACCUUGUGGAAAUCUAUCAGGUCACGAUGUUUGGGGAGAGCCUGUUACAGACCUACUUAACUGAGUGUCUGACCCUCCAUGAAACUGUCUGCAAGGGCACAGCUAACAUGAUAUUCUACGAGAUUCCUGCCCUGUCUGCCGAGCUUGUCUGCAAGAUGCUUACGCUCAGACCUCCAGGGGGUACCAAAGAAGAGGCGGCUGCAAAAGCUGAUGAAGACUUGCUGACACACACUCUCCAGGAAGCCCUGAGCACCACAAGAAACUGGCUGCGCCACACGUUUAAAAGGAGCAUGUUCCGUGCCAGCUCAGACCCUUCCCUGUCCACCUAUUUUAAAGAGAUGGCGAUCCAGCUUACCUACCCUCAAGAGAUAGAGGUAUGGCGGAGGCUGGCAGAAAUCAAGUUCCCGGAGAAGCAUGGCUGGAAGCAGUCACUGCUAGGAGACAUGGAAGGGAGGCUCAAGCAGGAGCGUCCCCGUUUGCAGAUCUCCUUCUUCUGCAGCAGUCAGUGGCAAGAUGGCGGACUCCAUGAUAGCGUGGCCAGGAGCUUUGAGAAGUGUGUCAUUGAGGCUGUGAGCUCUGCCUGCCAGUCUCAGACCAGUGUCCUUGAGGGGCUCUCAUGUCAGGAUAUGCAGAAAUUUGGUACCCUCCUGUCUGCUGUGAUAACCAAGUCAUGGCCUAUGCACAAUGGGGAGCCUGUGGAAGACCUGGAUGAGAUCUUCAAAUACCUGCUCAAGGGCCCAGAUGUGAGGCAACUCUUCAGGCUUCAGGAAACCAAUGAGAAAAUCAUCCAUAGCAUCACAGAGAAAGGCAGGCAGCUGAUGGCCACUGCUGAGUCUGUGUUCCAAAAGGUUGCCGAGGACCUUGAAAAUGGCACCAUUGUGGUUGGACAGCUGGAGUUGAUCCUUGAGCACAAAAGUCAGUUUGUUGACAUCUGGAACUUAAGUAGAACAAGGCUGCCACUGCACGAGAAGGCCUGUGCUGUGAAGGACUUGCUGGACAGAAGAAAGGAUGAUCUGAAUUUCCUCAAGCGAGAGAAGAGAUACGUGGAGAGUCUCCUGAGGCAGUUCGGGGGAGUGAAGCACCUCCUGCAAGUGGAGUUUGGAAAUAUUGAAGCAAUACACGCUCAAGACCUCAGCAAUAUGAAACUAAAUGAAGCCGUGAUAAAGCCAUCCGGUCCCUCACCCAUCAAAAGAAAGACACAUUACGACCUGAGCCCUGAGACCCGAGAAAUGGCAAGCAAGCUGCACUCCCUGAAAGACAGCCACAUCUUCCAACAGUUCUGGAAGGAGACAGCGGAGUUGCUGAGUAAGGAGCGCAGAGAGUUCUUGCUCCCAGAGGCCCAGGAAUACCUGUAUAACCCUUGCUACAAGCAGUUUCACGCUCUGUACCAGAAUCUCAAGUCAGGAGAGAUCACCUUCGCUGAGGUUGAUGCCAUCUUCAGAGAUUUUGUAGAUAACUACGAUGAACUGACCGAGGACCUUAAAUCCCUGUGCACUGUGGACUCCCAGGCCCCAAAAGAUUGGAUCCCAGAGCGUGUUGGGCAGAUCAAAGAAUACCAUACCCUGAACAAGGCUGUCAGCUCUGCCAAGGUCAUCUUGCUGGUCCAGAGAGCUUUGGGCGUGACUGGUGACUUCAGUGUUCUGAACCCAUUGUUAAAUUUUGCAAAUUCCUCUGAGAACUUUCGUCAUGAGAAACUGGUCCAGAUGAGCCCAGAAUUCAUCCAGGCCAAGAAGCUGCUCCAAGACAUCAAUGAGCCUCGUGGCCGCUGCCUGGAGGAGCUUGCCCUGCAGACGGAGCUGGUGGCCUGGCUUCGGGAGGCCUUGGCAGACAUCAACGAGCUCAAGGUGUUUGUGGACCUGGCCUCCAUCUCUGCGGGGGAGAGCGACAUUGAUGUAGACCGGGUGGCCUGUUUCCAUGACGCUGUGCAGGGCUAUGCUCCGCUGCUGUACAAGCUGGACCCAGCCGCAGGGUUUCCGGACUUCAUGGAUCAUGUGCAGGAACUCUGGAGGGCCCUGGACAAUGACCCUCACCUGCCCAAUAAGCUGAAAGAUUCUGCCAGGAAUUUGCAGUGGCUGAAGACAGUGAAGGAAAGCCAUGGGUCUGUGGAGCUCUCGUCUUUGUCUCUGGCCACAGCAAUCAACAACAGCGGCAUCUAUGUUAUUGAGGCGCCCAAAGAUGGCCAGAAGGUUUCCCCAGACAACGUUCUCCGCCUCCUCCUCCCCGAGGACCACGGUGCCCAGGAGCAACUGCGCAGCUACUCCAUGGAGGAUCUGAAGGAGCUUUUAAACAAGCUGAUGCUGAUGUCUGGCAAGAAAGACCACAACAGCAAUGCAGAAGUGGAGAAGUUCUCAGAGGUCUUCAGCAACAUGCAGCGGCUUGUACAUGCCUUCAUGAACCUGCACUGCGCGGGCAACAUGCUGUUCAGGACGUGGGCUGCUCAGGUCUACUGCUGCCCCAGCGGGGGCAUCGCCAUGGACUUCGGCUUACAGAUGCUGAGCCAGCUGACAGAGAGUGGCGACAUUAUCAAGCUCCUGGGAGCCCUCUGCAGGCAGAUGGAGGACUUUCUAGACAACUGGAAAAGAGUAGUCACCCAGAAGAGAUCAGAACACUUUUACCUCAACUUCUUCACUGCCGAGCAACUGGUCUACCUGAGCAGAGAGCUCAGGAAAGUCAAUCCCAGUGACGCUGCUCUCAUGAUGCUGUCCUUUGUCAAAGGCAAAUGCACUGUUGAUGACCUCUUCCAAGCCAGGCGCUCCAGCGAAAGCAAGGCUCCCAGACACUGCCUGGGGAAGGUUGUGAAAGAGUUGACUCAGCGGCUCCUUUCUGAGUCCAGCCUAAUGGGCAAGCUUCGGGUUAUUAUGGAGCAUUCCUUAGUGUGCACGAGUGUCUUCCUGCCACACUGUCUGGACCUGGAUACCCUGGGUAGAUGCCUGGCUAAGCUGGCCACACUGGGUGGCUCUCCUGUGGAAAGGCCACUCCCCAGAGGCCUGCAGGUUGGCCAGCCUAACCUAGUGUUGUGUGGCCACUCUGAGGUGUUGCUGGCCGCAUUGGCUAUCUACAUGCAGGCCCCCAGGCAGCCCCUGCCCACCUAUGAUGAGGUGUUGCUCUGUACCCCAGGGACCACAACUGAGGAGGUAGAGCUACUCCUCCGACGCUGCCUCACACCGGGCUCCCAGGGUCGCAAGGUCUACAGCUUGCUGUUUGCAGACCAGCUGAGCUAUGAAGCGAGCUGCAAGGCAGAGGAGCUCUUCCAUAGCCUGUGCACACAGUGCCACCGGGAAGACUACCAGCUGGUGAUCAUCUGCGACGCUGCCCGGGAGCACUGCUACCUCCCCUCCGCCUUCAGCCAGCACAAGGUCCCCCUUGUUCCCCAGGCCCUGCUGCCAGACAUCCAAGCCUACCUGGAGAGCCAUUAUCAGGUCCCGCAGCAGAUCCUGUCAGCAGCAAGUGUAUUCAGAGACCGGAUGUGUGUUGGGAUCGUAACCUCUGAAAGACCUGGUGUUGGAAAGUCUCUCUACGUGAACACAUUGCACAAAAAUCUAAAAAUGGAGCUAGAUGAUGAAAGGUUGCCUUUAAAAGUUAUUCGGCUGACAGACCCUCACGUAGACGAGAGUCAGGUCCUGAGCUCGCUCCUGCCAUUCUUGGAUGAGAACUAUCAGAGGGCACCUGUUAUAGUCCACAUUGAUGUGAGCACCUCAGUGCAGACUGGGAUUCCCAUCUUUCUUUUCAAACUGCUCAUUCUGCAGUACCUAAUGGAUGUAAAUGGGAAAAUGUGGCUUCGGAACCCAUGCCAUCUAUAUGUUGUUGAAAUCCUACAACAGCCAAAGAGGUCUUCCAAACUGGUGCCCAUCAAGAAAAACAAAAAGGAUGCACGUGCACCCCUAUUCAAGUUCCUUGAUAUCUUUCCCAAAGUCACCUGCCGUCCUCCCAAGGAAGUGAUAUACAUGGAGCUGACUCCAGGGAGGAGCCACACCGAACCUGGAAUGGACCCACUGGAGUUCCGCAGUGAAGCUUUCCAAAGACCGUACCAGUACUUAAAACGGUUCCAUCAAAACCAGAACCUGGACACAUUUCAGUAUAAAGAAGGCUCCGUGGAAGGCUCUCCUGAGGAAUGCCUGCAGCACCUCCUGAUUCACUGCGGCCUGAUAGACCCUUCCUGGUCAGAGCUUCGGAACUUUGCUUGUUUUCUGAACUGUCAGCUCAAGGACUGUGAAGCUUCUGUCUUUUGCAAUUCAGAUUUUACUGGAGACACACUCAGGGGCUUCAAGAACUUUGUGGUAACCUUCAUGAUCUUAAUGGCAAGGGACUUUGCCACACCCACUCUUGACACUUCAGACCAAAGCCCUGGCAAGCACUUGCUUACCAUGGAUGGAGUUGCUGAAGAAGACCUUGCUCCCUUCUCUCUUCGAAAGAGGUGGGAGUCAGAGCCCCAUCCAUAUGUUUUCUUCAAUGGUGACCGCAUGACCAUGACAUUCAUAGGUUUCCACCUGCAGUCCAAUAACAAUGGCUAUGUUGAUGCCAUCAAUCCUGUGAAUGGGCAGGUCAUCAAAAAGGAUGUCAUGACGAAUGAACUGUUUAAUGGGCUGACACUCCAGAGAGUGCCCUUCAAUGUCGACUUUGAUAGCCUGCCCAGAUACCAAAAGCUUGAGAGACUCUGCCUGGCCCUGGGGAUUGAGUGGCCCAGUGACCCAGAUGAAACGUAUGAGCUUACAACGGACAAUAUGCUUAAGAUACUGGCCAUUGAAAUGCGCUUCCGGUGUGGGAUCCCGGUCAUCGUCAUGGGGGAGACGGGCUGCGGGAAAACUAGGCUCGUCAGAUUUCUUAGUGACCUCCGGCGCGGGAGUGCUGAGGCAGAAACAAUGAAGCUGGUGAAGGUCCACGGAGGGACGACUGCAUCCAUGAUCUACUCCAAGGUCAAGGAUGCUGAGAGAGCAGCCCUCUUCAAUAAGGUCCAACACAACUUGGAUACCAUCUUGUUCUUUGAUGAAGCCAACACAACAGAAGCGAUAAGCUGUAUCAAAGAGGUCUUGUGUGAUGGAACAGUGGACGGUAAGCGGCUGCAGGAGGGCUCUGGCCUGCAUAUCAUUGCUGCCUGCAACCCUUACCGGAAGCAUUCCCAGGAGAUGAUCCUCCGCCUGGAGUCAGCAGGUUUGGGAUACAGAGUGAGUGCAGAGGAGACUGCAGAGAGGCUGGGCUCCAUCCCCCUGCGGCAGUUGGUGUACCGAGUGCAUGCUCUGCCUCCAAGCCUCAUCCCUCUGGUAUGGGACUUCGGCCAGCUGAGGGACUCUGCGGAGAAGCUCUAUGUCCUGCAGAUCGUACAGAGACUGGUGGACUCCGUCGCAGUAAGCGAGCGGGAUACCCAUGUGAUGGCAGAGGUGCUCUCCGCCUCUCAGAGGUUCAUGCGGAACAGAGAGAAUGAAUGUGGUUUCGUCAGCCUCCGGGAUGUAGAGCGCUGUGUGAAAGUCUUCAGGUGGUUCCACGACCACAGUGAGAUGCUCUUAAAGAAGCUGGAUGACUUUCUCCAUGAAUCCAGUGACAGCGAACAUACUUUUGAGAGAGAGCCUGUUCUCUGGUCCCUGGUCAUGGCCAUUGGGGUCUGCUACCAUGCCUCUUUAGAAGAGAAAGCACCCUACCGCACAGCCAUUGCCAGGUGCUUUCCAAAACCAUACAAUGACGGCAAGGUCAUUCUUGAUGAGAUCACUCAUGCACAGGAUCUUUUUUUGAGAGGGGCACCCCUAAGGAUGAACAUAGCCAGGAACUUGGCUUUGAAGGAGAAUGUCUUCAUGAUGGUGAUCUGCAUUGAGCUUAAGAUUCCCCUUUUCCUGGUGGGGAAGCCUGGCAGUUCCAAGUCCCUUGCCAAGAUCAUUGUGGCAGAUGCCAUGCAAGGGCAGGCUGCAGCCUCUGAUCUCUUCCGCUGCCUGAAACAGGUCCACCUGGUAUCAUUCCAGUGCAGCCCCCAUUCCACGCCCCAAGGCAUCAUUGGCACCUUCAAGCAGUGUGCCCGCUUCCAGCAGGGCAAGGACCUGCAGCAGUAUGUCUCGGUGGUGGUGCUAGAUGAGGUGGGGCUGGCCGAGGACUCACCCAGAAUGCCCCUGAAGACUCUGCACCCCCUGCUGGAAGAUGGCUGCAUUGAAGAUGAUCCUGCCCCGUACAAAAAAGUUGGCUUUGUUGGCAUUUCCAACUGGGCUCUAGAUCCUGCCAAGAUGAACCGAGGCAUUUUUGUGUCCCGUGGUAGUCCCAAUGAGAAAGAGCUCAUAGAGAGCGCCGAGGGCAUCUGCUCUUCAGACAGGCUGGUUCAGGAUAGAAUCCGAGGGUAUUUUGCCCCCUUUGCCAAGGCCUAUGAAACAGUGUGUCAGAGCCAGGACAAGGAGUUCUUUGGGCUUCGUGACUAUUAUAGCCUCAUCAAGAUGGUCUUUGCCAAAGCCAAAGCUUCUAAACAGGGUCUUUCCUCACAAGACAUCGCUCAGGCUGUCCUUCGGAACUUCAGCGGUAAGGACAACAUCCAGGCACUGGACAUCUUCACGGCCAGUCUUCCCGAGGCCAGGCACAAGCGAGAAGUCAGCACUGUGAGCCUGAUCCAGCAGAACCUCUACAGCGGGGGGCUGGACAGUGCCGAGUCCCGGUACUUGCUUGUGCUGACCAGGAACUACGUGGCGCUGCAGAUCCUCCAGCAGACGAUCUUUGAGGGUCAGCAGCCGGAGAUCAUUUUUGGCUCCAGCUUUCCCCAGGACCAGGAAUACACUCAGAUCUGCAGGAACAUCAACCGGGUGAAGAUCUGCAUGGAGACAGGGAAGAUGGUGGUGCUGCUGAACCUGCAGAAUCUGUAUGAGAGCCUGUACGAUGCUCUCAACCAGUACUACGUCUACCUUGGGGGCCAGAAGUACGUGGACCUCGGCCUGGGCACCCACCGAGUCAAGUGCCGCGUCCACGCCGACUUCCGCCUCAUCGUGGUCGAGGAGAAGGACGUGGUGUACCAGCAGUUCCCCGUGCCCCUCAUCAACCGGCUGGAGAAGCACCACUUGGACAUGCACACCAUCCUGCAAGGGUGGCAGAAGACCAUUGUGCAUGAGCUGCAGGAGUGGGCAUGCGCGUUUGCAGACGUGAAAGCAGACCAGCUCACGACCAGACACAGCAAGUACAGCCCUGCGGACGUCUUCGUCGGCUACCACGAUGAUGCAUGCGCCUCUGUGGUGCUGCAGGCUGUGGAGCGACACAGCUGCAAAACUCUGAGCGAUGAGCUCUACCGGACAGUGUCUGAAGAGGCCAAGAUCAUCCUGCUGGAUUGUGCGACCCCAGACGCCGUGGUGCGCCUGAGUGGCUCCUCUCUGGGCUCGUUCACUGCGAAGCAGCUGGCACAGGAGUAUUACUGCAGGCAGCAGCACAACUCCUUUGUAGACUUCCUCCAGGCCCACCUGUGCACGGCACACCUGGGAUGCCGGGCUGUCUUCACUGAGAUCACCACUUUCUCCAGACUGCUGACCAAUCAUGACUGUGACCUCUUGGGAUCUGAACUGAGAGGGCUGGCCCCAAAGCCGACAGUCCUGUCGCUGCAGCAGUUUGACACGGAAUAUUCUUUCCUUAAAGAUGUCCGCUCCUGCUUAAUGAACCCAGCCAGCCGUAAAAUCCUAGUCAUCCAGACGGACUUUGAUGACGGUGUCCAUAGCGCCCAGCUCGUAGCCUCUGCCAAGUACUCUGCCAUCAAUGAAAUCAACAAAAUACAUGGGACACAGGACUGUGUCUUCGUUUAUUUUAUCACAAAGCUGUCCCGGAUGGGAAGUGGUACAUCCUACGUGGGGUUCCAUGGAGGGCUGUGGCGCUCUGUACACAUUGAUGACCUUCGCCGAUCCACAAUCAUGGCCUCAGAUGUCACCAGACUGCAGAAUGUCACCAUCAGCCAGCUGUUCAAGCCAGUGGGCAAACCUGAGCAUGACCCAGAGGAGGAGAUGGAGACAGAGACCAGCAAGUCAGGGGAAGUGCCAGAGGAAGAAAUGGAAGUGGAAGGCACAGAGAUGGAGAAGGCCUCUGACCCAGGAGGCUCUGAUUGCUCACAGGUCCUGGACACCACCAGACUGCUGCGAAGCUGCGUGCAGGGUGCUGUGGGGAUGCUGAGAGACCAGAAUGAAAGCUGUGCGCGCAACAUGCGGAGAGUCACCAUUCUUCUUGGCCUCUUAAAUGAAGACAACACACGCAACGCCUCUUUUUUGCGGAAAUCUAAGAUGCGCCUCCAUCUUCUUCUAAACAAGCAAGAAGAAAACCAGGUCCACAGUCUAAAGGAGUGGGUCAACAGGGAGGCUGCAAAUCAGGAUGCCCUGCAGGAGGCAGGCACCUUCAGGCAUACCCUUUGGAAGAGGGUCCAGGACGUGGUCACCCCCUUCCUGGCCAGCAUGAUAUCUCACAUGGACAGAGAUGGCAACCUGGAGCUGCUGGCACAGCCAGAUUCACCAGCCUGGGCCCAAGAUCUGUGGAUGUUUAUUUACGGUGACGUUAAGUUCCUGAACAUCCCUCUUUUGCUGAACAACACAUGGUCAAAAACUGACAGGUCUUCCAUCCUGGUGCAGAGCCACAUGAGCCUGCCCAAGGAAGCCUGGAACAGCGUCCCUUUCAGCUGGCGGAUCAGGGACUACCUGGAGGAGCUCUGGGUUCAGGCUCAGUAUAUCACAGAUGCGGAGGGAUUACCGAAGAAGUUUGUGGAAAUCUUCCAGAAAACUCCCCUCGGCAUGUUUCUUGCUCAACUCUCUGUGGCACAGCAGCAGGAACUCCUGCAGAGCUACUCCAAGGACUUCCUGCUCUUGACCAUGAGAGUGUCUUCAGGGGAGGAGUUACAGUUUCUGCAGAUGGCCCUGUGGUCCUGCCUCAGUGAGCUCCAAGUGGCUUCAGGGGUACCUGAGGACGAGCUCUCCUUGCCCUGGGUGUACCUUGCCUAUCAGCACUUCAGGAUAAGGCUGCAGAACUUCUCCAGAAUUUUGACCAUCCAACCCCAGGUUCUGCGCAGCCUCAGUGAAGCAGCAGAGAACCACAGCUUGGCUGGGUGUGAACUGACACUGGAUGCCUUUGCAGCAAUGGCCUGUGUUGAAAUGCUGAGGGGAGACAUCCUGAAGCCGAGCCCUCAGGCUUGGCUACAGCUGGUGAAGAACCUGUCUGUGCCACUGGAGUUUGUCUGUUCAGAAGGGUAUUUUCGGGACAGUGGGAGCAUGACAAAAUCUGUCGCCCAGGAGGUCAGAGCCCUGUGGAACCGAAUUUUCUCUGUUGCACUCUUUGUGGAGCAUGUCCUCCUGGAGACCCAGAGCCAGAUUCCUGAGCUGAGUCAGCUGGUGACCAAGCACGUCUUCUUACUAGACAAGUGUCUUGAAGAGGACUCUGACAUCAAGACCCACAGGCCAUUUGUGGCUGUAAUGGCCACACUCCGUGACUGCAAGGACAAAGCCUGCAGGACCUUCAGCAGGUUUGGUAUUCAGCCGUGUUUAAUCUGCCAUGGAGAUGCACAAGACCCUGUCUGUCUGCCCUGUGAUCAUGUCUUCUGCCUACCUUGCAUCAGAACCUGGCUUGUCCCGGGACAGAUGUUAUGCCCCUACUGCUUAACUAACUUGCCAGACAAAUUCUCACCAGCUGUUUCCGAGAAGUACAGGAGAGCCAUUGAGAAGCACGCCCGUUUCCGGCACAUGUGCAACAGCUUCUUCGUGGACCUGGUCUCCACCAUGUGCUUCAAGGACAACACUCCGCCUCAGGGGCCUGUGAUUGACACCCUGUUGUCCUUGCUCUUCAUCCAGAAGGAGCCCCUUAGAGACGCUUCUCAAAAACACCGUGAGCACACGAAGUCUCUGUCUCCAUUUGACGAUGUUGUUGACAAGACCCCUGUUACCCGCUCCGUGGUGCUCAAACUCCUCCUCAAGCACAGCUUCCAUGAAGUAAAGGGUUACAUCCAGAGCUACCUGACCCAGUUAGAGAACAAAGCAUUCCCAGCAGAGGACAAGACCGAGCUGUACCUGCUCUUCAUCAGCUGUCUGGAGGACUCCGUGCAUGAGAAGACAAGUGCUGGCUUCAGAAGUCAUGAGCAGGCCCUGAGAGAGGAAGGCCAUUUCCUUAGGACAUAUUCCCCAGGAAGGCGAGGCCAGGAGCCUGGCAGCACGGCUUCGGUGGAGUACCUGCAGGAGGUGGCCAGAGUCCGCCUGUGCCUUGACCUGGCUGCUGAUUUCCUCUCAGAGCUUCAGGAAGGCUCAGAACUGACUGAAGAUAAACGGUGCUUCCUGAAGCAUGUCGAGCAGUUCUGCACUCGCGUCAAGAAUGACUGGCACCGAGUGUACCUUGUGAGGAAACUCUCCAGCCAGCGUGGGAUGGAAUUUGUGCAGAGCUUCUCCAGGCAGGGCCACCCAUGCCAGUGGGUGUUUCCCAGGGGUGUCAUUGCACAGCAGAAGGACCACACAAGUCAGAUGGACCGAUUCCUCGUACAUGGCAAUGAAUACAAGGCUCUUCGUGAUGCAGUGGGCAAAGCUGUGCUCGAGUGCAAGACCCUGGACGUUGGGGCUGCCCUGACGGCCUGCAGAGGCCCCAAAGCCCAGCAGACAGCCUACUUACUGCUGGCCUUGUACACAGAGGUGGCUGCUCAGUACCGUUCGCGCAAUGCCAGCCUCCAUCCAGAAGCAAAGCAAAUUGAGGCUGUAAAAGAUUUCGUCAAGGAAAGCAAGCUCCUUUCUGCGCCUAACGUCAGACACUUUGCAAUAUCGCUAGUGGAUAAUACUCUGCCCCUGCUGCGAACCAGGACUGCCAACAGCAGCCUGGAAGGAACAGUGACCGAAAUGGCUGUCCAUGCUGCGAUCGUACUCCUCUGUGGACAGAACAAAGUCUUGGAGCCCCUAAGGAAACUGGCCUUCUCUCCGGUCAACAUGCUGAAUGCUUUUCUCCCAACAAUGCCUGAGGACAUGCUGGUUCAAGCCAGGGCUCUGAUGGGUUCGGAAGGUGUCCACUGGUAUACUUGUCCCAAUGGCCAUCCAUGCUCUGUAGGAGAGUGUGGGAAGCCAAUGCAGCAGAGCGUCUGUCCGGACUGCCGGGUUCCUAUCGGAGGCCGCAACCACAUGCCACUCACUGGCUUCAAUCCUAUCAGUGACACUAUGGACAGAACGAAGACUGGCCACGUGUUGGGAAACCCCCAGCCCAGUGGUGCUGCAGUGGCUUCUGACCGAGGGAUGUCACCAGUGACCUUUGUUCUCACCCGGCUGCUCACUCACUUGGCUAUGCUUGUGGGAGCCACCCAGGAUCCCCAGGCCAUGAUCAAAAUCAUUACUCCUCGGGUCCAGGACCCACAAGGCUUCCUACAGCAGCAUACCCAGAGAGACCUGGAACAGCUAACCAAGAUGCUGGGCAGGAGUGCAGACGAGACCAUCCAUGUGGUACACCUCCUCCUGGGUGGCUUGCUCAAGGAUCAGCACCCUGUGUUUGGCCAGAGAGUGUUAGACUUUAAUGUGGACUUGUUAACCAAAGCACACAGAAACAACUGGGAGAAGUACUUUGAAACUCUUCUUCUAUGGGAACUGGAGCAUCUUGACCAAACCUUGCCAGCUGUAAAUGCUCUUAUCAGCCAAGAUGAACGCAUAAGCUCCAACCCUGUGACCAAAAUCAUAUAUGGGGACCCAGCGACCUUCCUGCCCUACUUGCCCCCCAAAAAUGUGGUUCACUGCUCGAAGAUUUGGAGUUGCAGAAAGAAGAUCACAGUGGAGUACCUGCAGCACAUUGUGGAACAGAAAAACGGCAGAGAAACCGUGCCUGUCCUCUGGCACUUCCUCCAGAAGGAAGCGGAAUUAAGGCUGGUGAGAUUCUUGCCUGAAAUCUUAGCCCUGCAAAGAGAUCUAGUGAAACAAUUCCAGAAUGUUUCAGAAGUGGAAUACAGUUCCAUCAGAGGUUUUAUUAACAGUCAGCAUUCAGAUGGGCUAAGAAAGCUGUUAUUUGAUCGAGUCACUGUAUUUCUGUCCACAUGGAACGCACUGAGACGGUCACUGGAGACCAAUGGUGAGAUCAAGCUGCCAAAAGAUUACUGCCGCUCCGACUUGGAUCUGGAUGCUGAAUUUGAGGUCAUCCUUCCACGGAGACGGGGCCUGGGCCUCUGUGGAACUGCUUUAGUCAGCUACUUGAUCAGGUUACACAAUGAAAUGGUCUACACCAUUCAGAAGUUCUCCAGUGAAAACAGCAGCUAUUCUGUGGAUACCUCUGAGGUUGCUGACCUGCAUGUCAUCAGCUAUGAGGUGGAGCGGGACCUGACUCCACUGAUUCUCUCCAACUGCCAGUACCAAGUACAGCAAGGGGGAGAAACAUCACAAGAGUUUGACCUAGAGAAGAUCCAGCGGCAGAUCAGCAGCCGCUUCCUCCAGGGCAAGCCCAGGCUGACCCUCAAGGGAAUACCCACCCUGGUGUACAGACACGACUGGAACUAUGAGCAUCUCUUCAUGGACAUCAAGAACAAAGUGGCACAGAACCCACUCCCUAACUCAGCCAUCAGUAGCAUCAGUGGACAGCUUCAGUCCUAUAGCGAUGCCUGUGAAGCCCUGUCUGUCAUUGAAGUCAGUCUGGGUUUCCUGAGAACAGCUGGUGGGGACCCUAGCAUGGACCUGACUGUGUACAUCCAAGAUGUCCUGCAGAUGGGUGAGCAGACAGCUCAUGUUAUAAAGGCCUUACACAGAUGUCAACUGAGACAUGCCAUUGCUCUCUGGCAGUUCCUAUCUGCACAUAAGUCAGAACAGCGGCUGCGACUGAAAAGGGAGCUGUUUCGGGAAAUUGACAGGAAAUACAAACAGGAGCUUAGUCCACAACACGCAAGGCUUCUCAGCACAUUCCUGAAUGAGGCCGGCCUGGACGCCUUCCUGCUGGAGCUCCAUGAGAUGAUUGUACUGAAACUCAGGGGUCCCCAGGCUGAGAGCAGCUUCAACCCCAACUGGAGCCUCAAGGAGACUCUGGUGAGUUACAUGGAGACUAAAGAGAGUGAUGUCCUUCCAGAAGUGGAGUCCCAGUUCCCAGAAGAGAUACUCCUGUCCAGCUGCAUCUCUGUGUGGAAAGCAGCUGCCACACGCAAACAGGAGCGGCAAGUGAGGUAGAGCACCUCUGCCUUCCUCAACACCCCACCCCCACCAUAGCUGUGGCCUUGUGUGAAGGAGAGUGCACACAGCACUGGAUUCAAGGCUCACACACACCAUACAAUCUGGUGGCUUUUUGAGAGCCAAGCUGUUUCUGGAACAUGUGCCUAUUCUAAAAGUUCGUCAAGUAUGAUGAAACAAAAUUGGCAAUCAACUGCCUCCUGUACAUUCCAGAAGAAACUAGAGUGCAGUAAGAUCACACCCAACAAUGAUCCUUAAGACUGCCAGGCUCUUACCUCAUAUUCCAUGGCCACCACUUUAUUGCAUAGAGAGAGCAAAAACAAAGGUAGUAAUUUUUUAUUCCAUAGCAUAUAUACAGAAGAAUCUCAUUUUAUUCUGUCUUCCAGUCCCUGAAUUUAUAAAUACUAUGCACUUAUCUCUUGGUUUGCAAGAUGUAUGAAAAUUGGUACACCAAACCAAGGAAACCCAAGGUGCUGGUAAAAGCUGUAAGGCCACAUGAACAAGAGCUAAUGUCAACCCCACCAUGAGUCACUUCUAAUUUCAAUGGGACAAAGCCAAACACUCCCUGAGAACCCUGGACGGGGAGUGCGGAAGGGUGACUAAAUUGGAGAGCGGGAACUGUUGGGUGGUAGGGCGCUUGCCCACCUUGUGCAGAGCCCUGGGUUCUCUCCCCAGCACCACAGAUGAGACAGGGGACAAACAACAAAAAGCACAGCAGACUGGCCAGUGCAGUUUCCAGUUCCUACAGCUUGAGAUUUCAAGUGAAAAUGUGUUAGUGUAAGCCUCGAUCAGUGGUGUUUAGGAACUGGCACUGUGACUAGGGUAGAGUAUAUGUGGUGCCCUAAAAUUCAGUUUCAGCAUGUUCAAAAGAAAGGCAUCGGAGAGUACUGUGAAGGGUUACUGACUGCAGCUGUCCAGCCAGCACGCACUGUGAGCUUAGCCUCCUGAGUACGCAGCGAGCUGGCUGAGUGCAGACCAGGUAAAGAGGAGGAGGAAGAGCCCACCCUGACCUUGUGCUGCCACUCUGUGUCAAUCAACUCGGGUUCCCUCCAUCCUUCUGGACACUCACAACUGGCCUCUCACCACCAUCUGCAGAUGUAAGAACAGUGUUUACGAGCUGGAAGUCAUUUCCUUCUCAAGUCUUGAACGCUAGGGCCCAGGGACUCUGAGCUACAAAAACACAGCAUGGUGGUCAGCCCUGCAAUGGACUCAGCUCCACCAGUAGAAGGUGCAUCUGGAACCAUACCCCUCACAGCCUGAUAUGGGGGCCAGGCUCUGCCAGUAACGCAUUUCAGACUGUGUUCACAGCAACAGUGAUCUCUUAUUCCAAACUAGAGCACCCGUCCUCGCGUGUCCUCCCCCCAGGUUUCCUGUUGAAUGGAUGUUCUUUCGGGGCACUGGGCUCACUGAACUUCCCAACACCUAUGAUACCUCAGAGGGCAGCUCAGCCCCAUACUGUUUCUUGUUGUAAAGGCUUUUGUUUUUUGGCCUCAGCCUAGGUGUUUGUUUGUUUUUGUUUUUUCUGUCAUGAAGAAUUUUUAAUUAAGAUGUUUAAUUUUGUAUGCUGUUUCUGUCUAUGUAGUGUUUCAGUGUCUGUACAAAAUACAUGGAUCUAACACCGGCAAAAGUAAA